UAGCAAUAAUGUCUCAAGGAACGUUUAACUAAUAAAACCCCAUUCGGAAUUGUUUACUUCAUCCAUCAUGGGUGUGCUCCUGCAGCUGUGCUGAAGGAAACAGAGGAGCUGUGUGGCUUAGUGCUUUGCUAGUGAGAGAGGCAACCAGAUUGAGAGCUGUCUGCUGCCCACUCUUUUCCUCUCACUCUGAGGGAUGAAGGAAGUGAAAGGAAGCAAUAACGACACAGACGUGUCAAGAACUGUGUCGUUACUGUCCCCAGCUUAAUCAUCUUCACACUCCUCUUUCAUUCAAUCUCUCUCACUCUCCCUCUCGCUUUCUUUUGCACACACACACACACACACUAGCUCUCAACACGUACGUUUGCGAAGAAACCAAUCGCCGAUCCGUUCCCCCCUGAGGCGUGUGGGAGUGUGAAGACGACGCAUGGGAUGAUGGCGAAGGAAUACGUGCAUCUUUGUUGCCUUCUCAAAGUUAAAUCCCUCUUGAAGAGGCGUGGCCUCGUCCAUUCCAUCUUUCCGAACGAGUUGCAGCCAUCAAUUUCCACCUAGAGCUCGACGUCCACUCAUUUUUUUUUUUUUGGUUAUGUCAUAUCAUCCGUUUGUCUAUCCGGGAUGAGUUUCAGCAGUGACAUGGAUGAGGCAGGGGAAGGGAGCAACAGAGAGCCUGAGAGUUUGGAGAUGAAUAAGCUGCGUCAGAGUUUGCGCAGGAAAAAGCCAACCUACGUGCCCGAGGCUAGCCGACCGCACCAGUGGCAGGCCGACGAAGAAGCCGUGCGCAAGGGCAAAUGCUGCUUCGCCGUUCGGUAUCUGGGUUUGGUGGAGGUGGAGGAGUCCAGAGGGAUGCACGUAUGUGAGGAGGCUGUGAAGAAACUGAAAGUGAGCGGAAAGAAGACGGUUAAAGCGAUGCUAUGGGUUUCAGCCGACGGUCUAAGAGUGGUGGAUGACAAAACCAAGGACCUCAUCGUUGACCAGACCAUAGAGAAGGUGUCGUUCUGCGCACCGGACCGCAACUACGACAAGGCUUUCUCUUAUAUCUGCCGUGACGGAACCACUCGCCGCUGGAUGUGCCACUGCUUCAUGGCUCUGAAGGACUCGGGUGAGCGCCUGAGUCACGCAGUUGGAUGUGCGUUUGCUGCAUGCCUGGAGCGAAAGCAGAGGCGAGAGAAGGAGUGCGGUGUGACGGCUUCAUUCGAUGCCACCCGGACAUCGUUCGUCCGCGAAGGCUCGUUCCGCGUCUCCUCGGCCAGUCAGCAGGGCGAGAGGGAGGAUAUCAUGAAGCAGCUGCAGGACAAGAAGAAAGAAGCGUGUGCCGUCCCUGCGGUGCCACCAGGUAAUGCCUCCCCGCCAGAAGGUGCUGCCAUGCACUCGGAACGAGCCGAGGCGGGCGGUCCGCACGCCAUCCCACGCCGUCACGCUCCUCUCGAACAGCUCGUACGCCAGGGAUCGUUCCGUGGUUUCCCGGCGCUCAGCCAGAAAAACUCGCCUUUCAAACGCCAGCUUUCUUUGCGCCUGAACGAGCUGCCAUCCACUCUGCAGCGCAAAACUGACUUUCAGAGCAAGAACCCAGUUCCUGAGAUGGACUUGUCGGUAGCUGCCGAAGCAGACAGCAUCAAUGCGCUGUGCAGCCAGAUCAACAGCUCUUUCACCAAACCCUUGGAGGACCUCGGUGGCCAAGCCUCCAACAAUGGCAUGCCAGCAUGCAGCAUUCCUCCGGCCAUCCCUCCUCCACCUGUGCCUCAAGUUACCAGCACAUGGAUCCAGGCAGAGCCCCCUGUUCAGUCACCACCUUCAUCCGGCCACAGGCGCACACCUUCGGAAGCAGAACGCUGGUUGGAGGAAGUCUCCAAAGCGGUAAAAGCCCAGCAGCAGAGUCCACCCAUUCUGCCACCACCACCUACCCAGCAGCCCCCUCCAGUACCGAUAGCUCCGGGCUCUCUUCCCACAUCCAUGCAGCCCUUUCCUAUGGCUUUUGACACCACCCCGGCACCCGUAGGCAUGUAUGGCCAACCGCCGCUGCAGCCAGCCUACGUGCCCUUGCAGCCCUACAUGCCUUCCAUGGCGAACAGCAUGACCUACCCAAAUGCCAGCAUGCCUGUGGUGGGUAUCACACCCUCACAAAUGGUGGCGAAUGUCUUCUGUAGCGUCACUGGUUCCACAGCUGGAGGCACUAUGGGGUCCAAGACGGGCACACUUGUAGGUGGUUCUUCGGCGUUUCCCAAUCUGGCCGGGGGUUUUGCAAGUUCUACGUUGAGUAACCAACCAGCCUCUCAUGGGCUUGCACAAAAUUCACUCUCCACCCACACAGCCACCACCACCACUAGUGCAGCGUCCAGUAGUGUGACCCAGAAUGGCACCAUGUCCAGUGGGAGUACCAACAACUGGCCGAUGGAGAGUUUGCAGCAGCCCAGUCUCCCAGCGGACGCCCAGGAAGCAGAGCGCUUUGAGGCCAAAUGGGCGGCUCUGGAGUCCAAAUCGCAACCCAAGGCACCCAAUCCGUUCUCCAACGAUUUACAAAAGACCUUUGAAAUCGAGCUCUAAUUGCACCUGCAUGGGAACCGAUAUAGACCCUGACGCAUCCUUUUCGCUCCUUUGUUUGCUCUUCUAACAUUUACUUGACUUGUUUUGUGUCAUUCCAAAUGCAGGCAUUAAACUCUUGAUCCGGGACCACGACAGCCUACUUGAACCCAAGCCUCUUUGUAACAAUGGAAAGACUUCUGGGUUUGAGUUUGCUGAGCUGCAAUGGUAAAUAGUAAAAUCGUCAAAAACCCUGAAAAUGACUGAUUAAAAUGCAGCCAAAAUUUAUUUAUUACUUCUUUUAUUUGUGAAAAGAAAAAACCCUGCAUUUUUUAAUCUUAUUUGUGCUUCUUUGUUCUUUCCCUGUAUGUAAUUAUUUUACAUACAACCCUCUGUGGCAAAACACCACGCAUAAUUUGGGAGUAUGGAAAAGCUCGGACUGACUAACAGAAAACCGAGGCUGCAUGAGUGAGCAGAGACCUACUAAUGGACCUGCUAGCAAACGAGAGUGUAAAUAGCAUGUUUUUUUGUUUGUUUUAUUUCCUCACCUCUCAUUCGAGGACGUUCAUUAUUAUUCAAGCCCUGCGAGUCACAGCUGAAGCGUCAUAUCAGCACCUCGCCAGCAACACAUGGACAUCAAACUGAGAGGCUGAUUAUGCUGAUGAACCUCUUAGCACAAAGAGUUGAUUUCUUAUUGACCGAGGAAAUGCGAUGGAAGAAAUGCUAUAUGUAUGUGAUUGUUUAAAAAAGUAAGAGAGAGAGAAUGUAAAAAUGGCAAGAUUAGGCUUGAUUUCACAAGCAGGAACUUCAUGUUCGAAUAAAAUGGCAUGGACAACCUGUAGCUACAUGAAAGAGGUCGUGUUGAGGUCAUGCUGGUAAGUGCUUAUAGGCUUAAAACAGAAGGUGUAAAGAGAAAAGGAAAGAAAACGUUUGUGGAGAUCAUUCCUGAGAACAGGAGAUAUGAGUAAUGCUGGAGUUAAAAACAUCAGGAAAUCAUGAAGGACUAGUCUUAAAAGUCCUGGAAUCAUGAACAGCGCCAUUUUCAUACGAUUCCCACUUGUCCGAAAUAUAUUCUUUACGAUAAGAACAUACAGUACACGUUUCCUGUUUUUUUUAUCAUCCUGGAGAAGAAGAAAAAAACAAUAAUCAUAUAUCAAAGGCUAAAAUAUAUUCGGCAACGUACAUGCUCAGAACGCCCUAGCCAUAUAUCUGUCCAGGGAACUCCAUUCCAGUGCAUCACACAUUUUUUUUAAUACCAAAUGCAGUUGUCGCUCUGCGAUAACGCGCUAUGCUUUCUGGUAGUUACAUUUAUUAAGUGAUUUGGACGAACACGUGGUCCGUGGCAUGUUCGCUAAGGACUUGCUGAGUGAUUGGACUCGACGUGACUCAAGGGACUGACGUUUCUCAGCGAGUUAGAGAAAAUCUAGAUAUUCAAAGCCAGACUGCACACUGUGUUUUACAGGACACUGAAGAACAUAAUAAUAAUAAUAACAAUAAUAAUAGGACAGUUAGGGUAUAUUUAAUCGAUUCACCGAGUUUGCAUGGUACCAAUUUUCUUCCAGUCUGUUGUUCACCAACCACCGAUAUACAGGGUUACAGCACAAAUGGGUUCUAUUUCAGUUGUUCCCAAAGUGAAUCUGUUUGUAAUCUGGCCUAGCUUGCAGGCUUUGCAGGGAAAAUAUUUCUUUGGAACGAGAUUUUUUUUUUCCCACGAUCCGUGCUCCCUGUCUCACGUGUAAAGAUGCCGGGAUGAUUUGAUCCAGCCGAUUCCCUUGGGCUCUAGUCCAUGCGUCCCCACACAGAAAAAAAAAAGAAAUAAAAAUGUGGAUCUCUUUUAAAACAAGGAAACUAAAUUACCUCAUAAACUUGAUUGUAAACUGUAAUCUAGCGAUAAAAAACAGUGAAGUUUAUUUUUAAUCUUUAUUUACAGAGUUUUGUAUUUAAACCUGCAUAUUUGUAUUGUAAUUACAUUGUACAAAGACAAAUAAAUAAUAUAAUAUUAAGAGCCA